AUGGUGUGUCUUACGAUCAGGUGCAAGCGGAGACCGACGCUGCAGAGAGACGUGUGCCAGGUACCUUGCCGGAUAAUCAUGCUCACCAUGUUGAGGUUCCUGGACCGGGGGACGGUCACAAGGAAAGUGACGUUGUUGAUCGUGCUCAUGGUGUUCGUGCUGACGCCCCCCUUCGUGGAUGCAGCAACCUCCAACCAGAUAAUGACAGAGUUUGACCCGGCCAUUUGCCGGGUGGCGCAAGUUCAGCGCAUCGUGGGGCAAGUUAAGUUGAUGAAAGAGGUCAUGGUCAAGUUCAGCGCAUCAUGGCCGCCGUUGGCCGGCAUCUCGGAAGAGCACUCCUAUGGACAAAGUUGCAAUCUUUUGGUAGGUGAUUGCACAAACGUCUUGUCGUCAAUUGUCGGGCAUGAGUUUACGCAGGAGCAAAAAGCCGAGCUCGAGGCUGCGGGCGCCGAGCUCGAGGCCGCGGCGCCCGGCGUCGGGUGCUGGCGCGACUGGCUACCCGCGGCUGCCUUCGGCGGCCCCCCCGCGGCGGGCGAGGCGGAGAGGUACGCUGGCCUGGAGGAGGAGGAGCUGGGUCUGAGGCUCGAGCUGGCCAGGGCCCGACGGCGGGUGCAGGCCGCCGAGAAGAGCGGGAAGCAGCUGAAGAAGCUGGCCAGGCAGCUCCAGGAGUCGGAGGCCGCGCUGGCCGCCCUCGCCGAGCGGCCGCCUGGCGGCCCCCCGCCGGCGGCGCCCGCGCCGGACGCGGGCGCGCCGGGGGGCGGCGCGGAGCUGGCGCGCCUGGAGCAGCAGGCGCGCGAGCUGGAGCGGCAGUUGCAGGAGGCCGAGCGCGGUGGAGGGUCUGCCGGCGCCGCGGCGCACCUGAGCCCCGAGCAGGCGGAGGAGCUUCGGCGCCUGGAACAGGAGCGCGACGGCCUCCUGAAGAGGGUGGAGCAGAAGGACGCGGAGUGCCACGCCCUGAGGCGCCGGCAGGUCGAGGACGAGCGGCUGCGCGCCGGCGCCGAGGGCGCCUCCCAGAGGCUGGUAGGGCUGCUCCAGGUAUCUCUCGAGCUGGACUGGUCCGCGAGGGCCAGCGGCGGCAGUGGCUCGGACUGGAAGGCGCGCUGCGGCUGGGCGAGUUCGCGCUUCACUCCGGCGGUGGCCCAGCAGCAGGCGGCCGCCCGCCGAGAGGCGGAGGAGGACACAGAGGUGCCCGCUCGCGCGAUGGAGUGCGAGGCUUGCGGCGAGCGCGAGGCGCGCACCCCAUGCCCAGCACCCGAGGGCCGUGGGGGCAUGGCGAACGUCGACCUCCUCACGCCCCUGCCCGGGCAGAUGUUCGCGGUGUUCUUCGGGGUAGACGCGUGGGCCAUGAACGUGGAGGACGUCUACGUGGAGGACACCGCCAGGUACAAUGAGGUGGUGGGCAUCAAGGGCCCUGGGAAGCGCCAGCGGGGAUUGGAGGCUGUGGACCUCGCGCAGCUCGAUCGCCGGAUCCAGCGCAGAGGGUUCCUGGACCUCAUGGCCUCGAGCCCGCGGCUGCUCUCAGGUCGUGGCGGGUGGCGGAUGCGCGCGCUGGAGGUCGACGGGGAUUCGCUGGGAGAGCGGCACAAGGACUGGAAGGAGGUGCGCAGGGAGUCCACUUUCCACGCCUCCAGGCUGCGGGCAUCCGCGGAGAGCUUCGAGUGUUUCGGGUGCUAUGACCAGGUGAACAUGCCAUGCCUGGUCGUGAACGGGGUGACGACGAGGCGCGCCCGGACGCUUCGGGAGGCCCGCUCGGCGCCGGACGCGAGGCCGAGCGACGGCAUGGCGGACGUGCACUCGGGGGCCGCGACGCUGGAGGGCGCGGCGGCCCCCGACCUUCGCGUCUACGACGGGAAGGCGCUCGAGGAGACGGCGCUAGAGGGGGGCGCGCAGCGCGGCAAGCUGGCCAAGCCGCAGGGGGGCGGUCUCGACGAGGACGACUUGGGCGCGGCCAGCGCGGGGACCAGCGCCGAUGGCAACAGAGGCGCGAUUGAAUUCGAGAAGGAGGCCGCGGCGGAGCUUGUCGCCCCUGUCAUCGCGAAGCCGGUGGCGGCGCCUUCCCAGGAAGAAGCCGCUCGCGUGCUUCUCCGAGGCCACCUCAGCUACGACGCCGAGGAGACCUACACCGCCGUCGCGCCCUACGUACUGGGCGCUGAGGACCGCCUGAUCAUCGAGGUUCGGCAAAAGAGCACGAUGCGGUAUACCGAUGAGUUUAACAAGCUCAACGAGAGGCUGGGCGAGAUCAAACCGUUCUGGGACAAGAAGCUGUCGCAGAACAAGGAGACCUACCGGCAGUUCAUUUUGGACCUGGGGCGCCGAGGCAUGACCCGGUGGACCACCGCGAGCCCAUCGAGCACGCAGGGACUGUCCAGGAUCGAGUGCGAGUCGGAUUUCAGUGAGGACCCCGAGUGCACCGUCACGCUGGGCAUCGGGGACGUCGAGAACUGCUUCCAUCGGCUGCGGCUCCCCGACGGCAUGAACCGGCGUUUCGCCCUGCAUCCGACCCCCGCGAAGUACACGCCCCUGCGGGGCAGUCUGUGCAGCGAGGUGAUCCUCAACAAGGUGCACCAGCUCGGGCCCGACAGGAGGGCGUCUGACUACACCGCCCCGAUCGUGCUGAGCAAGGGGGCUGGCGUGAGGUAUGCUCUGUGCGCUGAUAACCUGGACGCGGUGGGCAGCGCGCACGAGCUGAAGGGCGGCGGGGGCGAGACGCUGGGCUGCGCAUUGGACGGCCACCGGCUCGAGACGCAGGUGACCGAGAAGCGGAGGUGGCGCAUCGAUGGCGCUUUUCGUUGGGCCCUUCGGCGGCGACGCCUCAGUGGCAAGCAGCUGGAGCGACUCGUCGGGCACGCCACUUUUGUUAGCCUGCUGGGUCUGAUGGCGCUGAGCGCGUUUAACGCCUGCUACGCUUUUAUCCAUCGGUACGGCGACGCCGCGGCCGAGGUGCGGCUGACCGCACGGCAGGAGCUCCAGGCUUUCAUCGGGCUCCUGCCCCUGGUGCGGGCGCCGUGGGACCUACCCUGGUGCGAGACAGCCCAGUGCGCCUCCCUGGCGCAGCCGCCGGUGGAGGUCCAGAGCACGAAGCGGAGCCUGAAGGUCGCGGUGCCGGCGCUGCCGAUCCAGCUGCUGGCGCCGAAGCUGGAGGACCCAUCGGUGAAGGAGGCCUUCGGCAAGGCCCUGCUCAGCGACGGCCUCGAGGAGGCUGACGCCGACCUGGGCAGCGGCGAGGCGGCGGGCGCAGCGCAGGGCUCGGGCAGCGACGACCUGGACGACGCCACGAGGGGCCGGUGCGCAUGCAGGCGCGCCGAGACCCUCGUCAGCGCCUGCCAUGCUAUGGGCCAGCUGAAGACCCUGCUGGAGUCUUAUGCGGACCAAGGUUCGUGGAGGGCGGUGAAGGGUUGGCCCCAUCUGUGCCCGGGUCGAAGCCGCCACCCGAAGCCCUUCUGCGCGUGGGCGGCGGUUCAGCUCGGGCUGUUGGCGCGAGGCAUCUACGAGGCGGGGGCGGCCCUGCUGGGCUUCAUGUGCUCCCAGGGGCUGCCGGAGCUGCUGAGCAAUUGGCGCGGCCACUUCGUACCCCCAGGGAACGGGGAUUCCAGACACUGGUGCCAGCUGCGCGCCCCAGAGAAGCAGGUCCUGCUGGCCGACAUGGCUGUCGACGCGACACUCGUGCCGAUGCUAGUGCCUCACCAGCCCCGACACAGCGUAGCCUCGCACGACCGGCUUCGCAACCCUCGCGGCCUGCCAGAACUGAUGAAGGGGCGCUGGCGCAAGCUCGAGUCUGCUGCUCGGCACGAGAUGCGCGCGCGUGGAUCUGGAGAUCGGGAAGCUGAACGCCCCGACCCGAAGCCACGGCACGCGGUGUGA